AUGUGUCUAGAGUUUGACGAUCUGGUCGCUCAAUACAAUCCCAUAGACAUCGGCAAUGGUUUCCCUAACUAUAAUCCGCCGAAGCAUUUGUUGGAUGCGUUGAGAGACGUGACGGCAAACGACACUUCGUGGCGAUUACAUCAAUACGCGGACUUCAGGGGUGACCCUCGGCUCCGGCGGGCGAUCGCCAAACUAAGCGAACCUCUCAUCAAACGACAUAUCGACGCCGACCGCGAAGUUCUGGUCACAAUCGGCGCCAUUCAAGCCCUCGAUUUGGUCACAAAAUCGUUUGUCAAUCCGGGCGAUGAAGUCAUCUUUUUUAGCCCAUUCUUUGUACAAUACGAGCAAAUCAUACGACUUGAGGGCGGAGUUCCCAUUUUGGUACCACUAAAGACACUAAAUGGACAAAAGCCUCGCGAAGCAAACGAUCUGUCAUUUGAUAGAAAGGAAUUGGAGGCAGCGUUUAACAAUCGGACAAAAAUGAUCUGGGUUAAUAACCCUAAUAAUCCAACGGGCAAAUCGUUUACUGAAGAAGAGCUUACGUUUAUCGGGCAGUUGUGUGAGAAACACGAUGUGAUCAUUAUAUCAGACGAAGUGGGCCAGUGGUAUAACUACGGGGGUCAGCCCCACGUCAGACUCGCAAGUCUGCCGGGAAUGUGGAAACGGACGAUAACAGUGGUGAGUGGGGGAAAGACAUUCAGUAACAUUGGAUGGAGAAUCGGGUGGGCUUUCGGUCCCGAAGAGCUACUUUGGGGUUUGGCUGUAGGGUUGAGCGCAUCGGUGUUGGCGGUGCCGACACCAACACAGGUAGCCUUUGCUAUGGCUUUGGAGGUGGAGAUCGAACGGCUCAACACAAAUCAGUCCUACUUCUCAUGGCUUUCGACUGAGUCUAUGGCAAAACGCGACCGAUUUCUAAAAAUCCUUAACGAGAUGGGCGUCGACGCAAUCAAACCAAAUGCCGGCUAUUUUAUUGUCACUAACUUUACAAAUAUUGUUAAUAGGAUUGAUCUGUCCCUCGAGAAGGACACCCGAACUGGCUUUCAAUUAGCUCUUUGGCUCAUUCGCCAAAAGGGAUUGUCAGCAUUUCCGGGGAAUCUGUUUUACCCGACGGACCAAAAAGACGACUCGGAGUUUGUGCUGAGAAUGUGUUUCAUUAAGACAGACGCUCUGAUCGAUAAGAUUGAAGGCAUACUUAAGAAUACGUUUGCGGUUAAGGCUAAUAGCAGUUAAUUAAUAGACCUGUGAUUAGUUGUUAUUAUUACAAGUUGUGAAAUUGUAAUUUAUUAUAAAUCAAUUUUAUUGAUUGAGUUAUUGUUUUUUGUUGUUUACU